UCGGGGUUUCAGUGGGAAUGCCUGACAGUGUGCCCCGUUUCCUCCUUGCCGCCGAGUGUGUGAACGGCGCUUUUCCGUGGUGCCCGUGAGUCUCAGGGGAAGGAAUUUAUCUCGCCUCUCCUGUGACGAAUAAGGAUGAGGAGGGCUGGGCUGGGUGAAGGAGCUGCUGGCAGCAAUUAUGGUUAUACCAAUAGUGGCUAUAGUGUAUAUGAGGAAGAAAAUGAAAAGUUAACAGAAAGUUUGCGUUCAAAAGUCACUGCCAUAAAAUCUCUUUCCAUUGAAAUUGGAACAGAAGUUAAACAACAUAAUAAAUUAUUAACUGAAAUGGACAAUGAUUUUGAUUCAACAAGUGGAUUCCUUGGUGCAACAAUGGGCAGACUGAAAAUCCUCUCCAGAGGAAGCCAGACAAAACUGUUAUGCUAUAUGAUGCUGUUCUCAUUGUUUGUCUUUUUUGUGAUUUAUUGGAUUAUUAAACUGAGGUGAUGCAGAUCUCCAUUAUGAGAUUAUUCAUACCAUCUUGAAAACUUUUUUGAGAAAAUUGAUAAAUAAUUUUUGUAACUGGAUUUAGGAUUAAUGCAUUUGAAUCUCUUCUGUAAUUCUUAAAUCUUAUCAAGCCAGAAGCAUUGUCAUUUUUUUUUAAAAAAAGCCCUUAUUUUAUAGUUUCCUGAACUGAAUUCUAUUCAAAUCUUAACUCUUUGUAAACAAAACAUAAGUUUACUAAGGAUGAGUUCCAUUACUGAAACAGGCAUUUUCCUACUCAAAAAUUACACUAUAUAACAGUUCCUUUUUUCCCCUAGUAAUAAAAAUAAUUUUAGUAAUUUUGUAUAAAUUUAUCGAAUAUUUUUAAAAGCCAAAAUACUUCUUUUCAAAGCUUAAUUAAUUGAAGGGCUAUUGUUUUAGUAAAAUAUUUAACCAUGUUCUGAAUCUGGUUUGCAGUUAAUUAUUUACUUUAAACGAUAUAAUAGUUUUAAGAUACAGUUGUUAUGAGGGGAAAAAAAAGAAAUAUUGUUCACAAUCAACAUGGUUCUUUGCCCACAUGUCUGCUGGGAUUGCAUUACUAUUAUGUUUAGGGUUAAUAGAGGAAUUGGUAGUUUUAAUUUUACUAUACUAUAGUAGACAGUUUGUGCAAUAUUCUAGGUCGGCAAAGCAGUCACGCAACUUGCUGUUAUAAUGUUCGAGGUUUCAUCUAAUGUAAUAGUGAAAUAGGUGUUUGUGGGGGGGGGGUUUGAAAUAAGGAAUUUAGGGAUUAAAGUUCCCUUUAAUUAAAAGAUGAAAGGGAUCCACAAAUAUUAAAUCCCCAUUAAAUAAAUGGUCUGUUUUAUUAGAUAUUGGUAUAUCCUUAGUAGCAAUGUCACUGUUUAAUUUGUAGGCAGAGUAUUAUUUUCCAGAAUAUGAAAUCUGACAGUAUGUGACAUUUAAAAUAUGGGUGACAUUUAUAAACUUCCUAGAAGAGAGAUAAAUUUUGAUGAUGAGAAUAGAACCUCAGUUUUUAUUUUUUGAAAAAAACGUUCUGUCUCUAUAAGGAAUACCUAUUUCAUAUGAAGAUUUCUUCACAGCAGAGCAAAUCUCUUUUAACUUGCAAUUCAACAGCAAUAGCAACAGUACUUAGACUUAUAUAUUGUUCCAUUGUGUAUUUACAGCACUUUCUGAGAAGUUUACAAAUAUCAGCAUAUUGCCCCCAACAAUCUGGGUCCUCAUUUUACCAACCUUAGAAGGAUGAAAGGCUGAGUUAAUCCUGAACUGGUCAGGAUCAAAUUCUUGGCUGUGGGCAAUACUGCAUUUCAACCAUUGCACCACCACAGCUUUUAAAAUUAAGGCAGGGGUGUCAAACUCACAUCGUCACAGCAGUGUCAUGUGACAUAUCGGGAUCUUCCCCCCACCCCUUCGUUACAUUGGGCAUUGGCAUGGCCAGCAUGUGAUGCAUCCAGCCCGCGGGCCAGGAGUUUGACAGCCCUGAAUUAAGGUGUUGGAAUAGUGGGGAAGCCUGAGUUUUAGCUCUGCUUUACACAUGGUAGGCAGCUGGUUGGUUUUAAGCCAGUCACUAACUUUCAGCCCUAGAAAGAAGGCCCUUGCAAACCAAUUCUGAAACGUUUCCAAGAAAAGUCAGUAGAUUUAUCCAACCAGAUGCCAAUAGUUAAAUCUGAUUUGGGAGUAGUCUCUAUUUAAUUCUCUAUAUUAAAUACUUUAUACUAUUUUUGCUACUGUGUUUCCCCAAAAAUAAGACCCUGUCGUAUAUUUUUUUUUGAACCCUGAAAUAAGUGCUUGGCCUUAUUACUAUGUGCUCAAAAGCACGAUUGGGCUUAUUAUCAGGGAUGUCUUAAUUUGGAGGAAAUAGGGUAGGUUCAUAGAGGUUUUAACACACAUCUGCAAAUUUAAGAUUUGGAAUUGGAAGAUAUAAUAGUGGAUUUUUUCUUCCAGUGUACAACAUAUUAACUUGCUAGAGGUAAUAGACCUACAUGUUAACAAAAUGACUUUGAGUAUUGUGUUAAGCUUCUUCUAAGUGUUGUAGUAAGCUUCUUUUGUAUGCAGAAGGUUUUUUGAGAAUAUUGGUAAAUAAUUUUUACUAAGUUAGAUGCUGGUUAAAUUUCCACUGAGAAUCUUCAGCAUUUGUUAAGUUUGAUAAUGCAAAUCCAGUCGCUAUGUAGCUAGGAUCCCAUUAAAAGUGCUAAAGGGAGGAUUCUACUCACUAACACAAUUGGUCAUUUCAACAGCUGUGAUACUUUCUAUCCAUUUUUCAAUUGCAGCAUGUAGUGUCACACUUAUAUGAGCAAGGAUAUCUUGCUUCAUUUAUAUGUAUUUUAUACUGACAAAUUCUCCAAUUGAAAUGAUUUUUUAAAAAUAUAAUAGAACAAUUCAUGAUUUGUAGUUUAUUCCAAUCAUAUAUAAAUGCUUCAAUUAUAAAAAUUAUAUACUAUUUUAUUAUAUAAUCAAAAUACUGAGGAAUAUCUUUGAUUUUACUAAUAGUAAGGCUUAUAUAGACUAUACAUAUUUAUGAUUUUAAAAUAUAGGGAAAUGCAAUAGGAAUGCUUCCUUUCUCCAAAGUCAUCCCAUUUCCUCUCAGUAUUAUUUAUUAAUUAAAUUUAUUUGCUGCUUGCCUUGCUGUGAGGCUAUUUUAGGCAAUUUAACAGUAAUAAAAAGAAAGAAAAAUGAAAAAUUAAGGUUGUUAAAAUUAAAACUUUAAACAAUCUGAAGAAUACUAUUAGGCUGGCUGAGGUUAAGAAUUUUUUUCACCAUAAUUCUGUUAAUUGUGUUCUGAAAAUUCCAGGGCUUAUUCUUUUUUGUUCCUAUAAAAUAAGAGAAUACAGAUUAAUGCUUCAAUUUAAAAUAUAUUUUCUGUAUCUAACUACAAGGCGACUGUUUACUGAGACUAUCCUGAUAUUAUAUCUGAAUUUGCUAAUCUCAUAAAAUUCAGCUGGAGGAAAAUGGUUCCCUUUCACAGUUACUUCCCAAUAACCUAUAAUUGAGUAUGCAGCCAAUGAUCCAGGGGGUAGUAAAAACCUUCAGUACUAACAACCAUUGAUAGCUUGAUUCUGAAUGAACCCAUUCAGUUCUCUUUGAAAGCUGUCCAAAUUGCUUGCUGUUAUCACCAUUGCUGGCAGUGAAUUCCCCAAAUUAGCUAUGUAUAGUGUAUAGCUUCCCUGCAUUUAGUUUGGAUAAUAGAUGACAUGAAAUUCUAACUAUGUAAAAUAAGGAUAAAAACUUCUCUCUAUCUAAGUUAUAUAGGCUAUCUAUAACUUUAUACACCAGUGGUGUACACCAAUGCAUCCAUUCUUUUUCUGGCACAAUAUUCAAUUAAACUAAAUAGUCAACUACAGGUAGAUUUUUUCCACAUCUUUUGAAAAGGUAAUGGUGGCUUUAAUACAUAGCGUAUUAUAUUAUAAAUAAAUGUAGAAUGCAUGCUAUAUAUUAUUCAAUUGUUACCAACAGAAUUGAACAAACAAUACAUUUAAAUAAUUAUUUAGAUUAAUAUAAUUAUAUGGUAUACAUUAAGAUAUGCAAUAUUAAUGCAUAUGUUAAUAUCUAUGAGAUGCAUGGAAUAAUUAUAUAAACUGGUAGGUGUGACAGAGCUCUGGUUAAUAUUUGAAGAUGUUGAUUAUAAAACAGGUGAGAUAAGAAUUCUAGGUUAGUCCUAUCAUUACAUUUUUUUUAUAUUACAUCACUACCUUUCAUGAUUCAGAAGCAAACGAUGGAUGGAUUUAUUUUUUAGUAAUUAAAAAAAAAACCAGAAAAAUGUUCUAGGUAUGAAUGUGCAGGCAUUCACACAUUCAAAGCAGGAAAGGAGAUUCAGAUCUGGCCUGGAUGUGCUAUGCAUGAGAUCAGGGGGGAAAAAUACUGUUUCUUUCAAGGGCCAGAGAAAGAUAAUGUGUGUAUAAUCACAUCAGAUCAGAAUCCCCUUUUCUGCUUCAUAACCAAAUACUAAGUUAUCAGUGGUUCUUGGAAAACAUCCUACAAAUUUGCACAUUUUAGUACCCUUAUAUCCCCUAAAUUUAAGUAUAAUUUACGUGCAAGAAAAAAUCAUGAAAAUUAAAAAUUUGGUCAUAUACGGUAUUUAUUGUACCUGCACUUUAAAAAAAGCUUUAAUACUGAUUAUUAAAACAGUAGCAAAGAUCUAUAGUCAUAAAACUUACUUUUCGGGCAAGAUACCCAUGUAUUUGCAUACAACAGACAGCAUGAUUUCAUCAGCACCGCCUCCUAUUGAUACCAAUCUUAAAUCUCUGCCAUGACAGAAAAGGCAAAACAAAGUAUCAAUAAAAUGAAAUUUGUCUGUUCUGCUUCCCCUUUCACUUAAUACUAUUAAUAUUAAACUUGAUAUUGUUUAACAGUCCUUGUUUAACUAAGUCAAUGUGAAUUGCGAGCUGCUUUAAUAUACUAAUCAUCAACAUCGCUUAAAAUAUAUUAGAUUUGUAAGUACAACAUUUUAAUUCAGGUCAGCAAUCUAGCAAUCCUUGGCAAGUAUAACUGAGUGUGACUGCAUAUAUAGCACCCAAAGCCUACUAGGGCAGUCUUGUGAACAUUUCUAUGUUGUCAAGCUGAACAGCCAUCAAUUAGGAAACAAAAUUCCUAAUUGACCACGAUUUUGAAUUACAGUAGGGUUUAAUCUUCUGUUACACAUGCAUUCAUCUCUAUGACUUUGAUUGUUGUGGGAGUUAUAGCUUUCCAAAGAAUUGUUCUGAUGCAAAUUUUCUCUAUAUAUAUCAGACAAAAUGCAGCCCAUAAAAAUUUCCCAGAAUUCCAGUCAGUCUUCUAUCUCAGAAAAGCUUCCUAAUUCCUUGGGGGGGGGGAUUUCAAUUCCAUUUUGGCAUGUGUAUGUGUAGUCCUUGGUUUACAACAGCAAUUGGGACUGAAAUUAUAAUUAAGCACCACAAAUGAUGUGGUCACAUUGCUUAGUGACAACAAUUCUGGCAGUCCUAGUUGGUGUUGUUAAGCAAAUCACUGUGGGUCAUUAAGUGAGGACAUCGCAUGAUCACCAUUUGUGAUCUCUUGGAUCACAUGAUUGUGGGAUGCUGCAACAGCUGGAAUGCUAAGGAUUGUCCAUAAGUACAGGUACAGGUAGCGCUCAAUUUACGACCACAAUUGAGCCCAGAAUUUAUGUUGCUAACUGAGGGAUUUGUUAAGUGAGUUUUGCUCCAUUUUACAACUUUUCUUACCAUGUUUGUUAAGUGAAUCAUUGCAGUUGUUAAAUUAGUAACGUGGUUAAGUGAAUUUGGUUUCCCCAUUGACUUGACUUGUCAGAAAGUCACAAAAGGGGAUCACAUAACCCUGGGACACUCAACUGUCAUAAGUAUGAACUUCUUGUCAAGCAUCUGAGUGUAAAUCACGUGACCAUGGGGAUGGUGCAAUGGUUGUGAAAAAAAUGGUCAUAAGUCUCUUUUCAGUGCCGUUGUAACUUCGAACAGUCAUUAAACGAACUGUUGUUAAGUUGAGGACUAUCUGUACCAAUUGUUCAGUGCAAUUGGAAUUUUGAAAAGAUGCUGAAUAUGUAGUCAUUAACCAAGGAGUCCCUGUAAAAUUUUAGAUUAGGAUACUUUUUAAUCACUGAAUAAAAUGUUGUAUUUUGAAAAAAGCUGCUUUCAAUGUGAUCAUGCAGAAUAAAAUAGGGGCUAUGCAAGAAUUUCAGACCUCGUAUACAUAGAACAUAGAAUAACAGGAUUGUUAUUCUAUGUUCUACAUAAGGAACCUUGGAGGUCUUCUAGUCCAACCUCCUGAUCAAGAAGGAGACCCUAUACCAAUCUGGAAAAUGGCUGUCCAGUCUCUUCUUGAAAAUCUCUAGUGAUGGAGCAGCCACAACUUUCAGAGGUAAGACUUUCCACUGAUUAAUUGUUCUUACUGUUCUCUCCUUAGUUCUAGGUUGAAUCUCUCUUUAAUGGUUUUCCACCUUGGCUUACCUAGUUCUUUCAACAGUUCAUUGUAUGAUUUAGCUUCCAGACCCCUUAUCGUGUUGUUGCUCUUCUCUGCAUCAUUUCUAGGUUAUCAAUAUCUUUUUUGUUGUGCUGACCAAAACUGGACACAAUAUUCCAGGUGUGUGUGUGUGUGUGUGUGUGUGCGCGCGCCCACGCAUGCAUAUAUGCAUAUAUUACAUGUGUAUAUACAAACACGUAUACUGAAUCUAUGUUCAUUGUUUUGAAACAGUAGUUCCUGUUGCCAUAAAGGCUGGAUUUCCUACUCAUCUUUCUUAUUGUACUUAAGUUUGGCUAUUGGCAUUAACUGGAUAGUUGAAUGUAAAUGUUGUUGGUCAAUGACAGAAAUAAAAAUUUAAUAUUACUUCUUCA